UGAAGUAAGAGCAUGACAAAAAAAUACUCAAAUUGAAAAAAAAUAAAUAUAUAAAAAAUAAACAUUUUUGCAACUAAAUCUAUAGUGCAGACUAGUUUAGUGAUAUAGAAUAAAAAUCCUCAAGUUGAUUAAAAAAAUAUAUUACAAAAAUAAAAAUUUUUGCAACUAAAUCUAUAGUGCAGACUAUUUUAGUGAUAUAGAAUAAAAAAUAACUUGAUUACAAAAAAAAAGUCUGAUGCAGCCGAGCAGUUUAUUUUAUUAUAAGACACAAGUGCAUUUGCAUUGGUACAAAACAAACAGAAAUAACACUUUGUUGGUGCAGAGGAUUAUUUUAGGUUUUUGGCUCUUGUGAUUGAAGUAAGAGCAUGACAAAAAAAUACUCAAAUUGAAAAAAAAUAAAUAUAUAAAAAAUAAACAUUUUUGCAACUAAAUCUAUAGUGCAGACUAGUUUAGUGAUAUAGAAUAAAAAUCCUCAAGUUGAUUAAAAAAAUAUAUUACAAAAAUAAAAAAAUUUGCAACUAAAUCUAUAGUGCAGACUAUUUUAGUGAUAUAGAAUAAAAAUAACUUGAUUACAAAAAAAAAAAAGUCUGAUGCAGCCGAGCAGCUUUUUUUAUUAUAAGACACAAAUGUUGAUGGGAUUAAAAAAAAAGCAAAUCCACUGGAAUAAACCGAGGCUGUGAGAAUAGCAUGAUGCGUCUGUCUGUCAGGCUCACACAUGCGUCUUUACGCGCACAGCCACUGACCGCCCACUCCGCUGAUGUGUCCACUCCGAUUGGCUGCUAAAGAUACCAGCAGCCUGUGUUCUGCUCCGUGGUUGGCUGCGGCACCUCUUGGCCAUUACGUUAUGCUUACUCCACACACACACACACAGGGGGCAGCUGGAGAGAGGGAAGACGUAAUGGUUUGAUUCCCUGUGCACUCCUUCUUUGCGAUGGUCGUCGUUCUGACAUUACUCGGCAGAUUCCUCGGUCGGGAGGUGCAAUGAAGCAGCACAGGAAGGAGGAAAAGGAAAAGGUGAUGAUGCUGUCUGUGGCAGCUCGAGCUGGAGGACGGAGGAUAAAUGAUGAAGAUGAUGGCGAUGAUGUCAUUGGUGCUCUGGUGGCGGUGGCAGGUUUGUGGUGACAGUCACGGUGAGAGGGCUGGGUUGUUUGCUGACCCUAUUUGAUGUUGAGGAUCCAGCAGCAGCGUGAGAAGUAUCCAGACGGGACAAACGUGUCCAAAGGCGGGGGCAUCGUCCAUGUGGGCGUCAUGCUGUGGAUUGCUGAACGAGGUGAUGGGCACAGGCACGGUGCGGGCACAGCAGCCGGGGUUCGGAGCAGGGGCGGGGCCCUUCCGCUUCGCCCCCAGCGCCGGGUACUCCACAUACCCCCCCACCAGCUCAGGGAGCGCCGGGCAGCUGUGCAAGGCCUGCGGACUGGCCUUCUCCGUCUUCAGACGCAAGCACAUCUGCUGUGAUUGUAAGAAGAGUUUCUGCGCCCUGUGCUCGGUGCUCCAGGAAAACCUGCGCUGCUGCACCACCUGCCACCUGCUGCGCGGCACGGCCUUCCAGCGGCCGCGGCUCAUGCAGCUCCGAGUGAAGGACCUGCGCCAGUACCUGCUGCUGCGCAACAUCUCCACCGACACCUGCAGGGAGAAGGAGGACCUGGUGGACCUGGUGCUCUGCCAUCAGGGGACGAGGGAAACCCCGAGGCCGGUGGCGGAGGACGAGGAGGAGGAGGAGGAUGAAGAAGAGGACGAGGAGGAGGAGGAGGAAGACGGAGAGGACACACAUGAGGAGGAGGAGGAGGAGGAGGAGGAGGAGGAUGAGGAGGAAGAGGAAGGGGGAGAGGACACAGACAGUCUUCACUCGCUCCCCCACUCGCGCGCCGCCUCGCCCCCCUCCGCCACGCGCUCCACCUCCGAACAGUCGGUCCUCUCCGCCUCUCAGGGAGAAGUGCUCAGCCCCAGUGACAGCUCAGGGACCACCAGCCAGGAGCAGGAGGAUACUCCAACAGCGUCUCUCUUGAACCUGGAGCCUGCUGAAAAUUUCAUGGAGGUCAGUCCGGCGACACAGAGGAGGAUCAGGGCCUCGCUGUCAGAUCUGGACAAUGAGGAGGCGAUAGAAAACCUCUCCGUCCGCCAGCUGAAGGAGAUCCUCGCCAGGAACUUUGUCAAUUACUCCGGCUGCUGCGAGAAGUGGGAGCUGCUGGAGCGAGUGCAUCGACUCUACAGAGAAAACGAGCAGAACAGGAAAUCCAUGGAAAAUGUGAGCAUAACUGCAGUGGUUGCAUAUCCUCCACCUCUCUGCAACAGUGGAGUGGGAGAUGGUGUCAAAGCUCAGCUGGCGGCUGACGACAACCUGUGCCGCAUCUGCAUGGACGCCAUCAUCGACUGCGUGCUGCUGGAAUGUGGUCACAUGGUCACCUGCACCAAAUGUGGAAAGAGGAUGAGCGAGUGCCCCAUCUGCAGGCAGUAUGUAGUGCGGGCCGUGCACGUCUUCAAGUCUUAAAACUCUGUGUGCGUGCGCGUCGGAGCGGCCCCUCAGGCGUGUGCACGUGGCCCUGGAUUUAUCACUGAGGAUGAACUGCUGUGCAUGACGUCGUCUCGCAGGGCCCAAUGCUGCAGCAGGCGCGAGCAACUUCCCGGUCUUUGAAACCAGACUGUUGCCUCUGGCCUACCACGGUUUGUCCCAUCCCCUACCUUUACUAACUCAUGUUCCCACUCCUCCUCCUCUCUGGUGGACCGUCAUCAGCUGCACACUGGACACUCACUCUUUCUCUCUUUGGUCUGUUAAACACGCAGCAGAAAACCCCUGCCAUCACUCUCUAUUCUCUGUUUAGAUUUUACUCACAGGAGAGGAGAGGAGGUGGUCCCGCGGAUACUUGAAGUGGAUCGGCUGAAGAGAAGCAGAAAAAUAUAAGAUCCCAGGGUUAGAGUCAAUAUGGUUUACACAGUCAUGCCACAUGACGCCGUGUCAUCUCCCUCAGUGUUCUUUUAGGAUGUGCAAUAUCAGAAAAAAAGAGACUUACAUGUGUUUUUAUUAAAUGUCUGUUUGUUAAUCUGAACACCACGUGCAUCUCGUCUCACUCGCAGAAAGGGUGCAAGGUGCCAAACGUCAUGCCUUUUUUGAUCGAUAUUUUGGUUUCUCGGUAUAUGCAUCUCAUAACCAGCAAGCUUGGUGUGAUAGUUUACUUUCUCAAAUGAACUUUAGGGAAAUAAAAGUGUGUACAAGUAAACGUUUUGAACACUUGCUGUGUGAAGGACGUGAUUGUUUGCUCGCCGAAAAUGAAGUGCACAGAUGUGAUUUCUGCCGAAGACACAGACAGUAAAUAAACACUGCUUGGUCACACCCACAGACUGUAUAUAAAGAUGGACGACAUGACAGCUCCCCAAAAGUGAAGCCAAAACUUCUCGAUUGCCCCCUGGUGGCUGGCUGCAGUAUAGGGCAUAAAUCCCGCCCCCUCCAUGU